AUGGAUACACACAUAGAAAAGAAAGUUUCACAAUGCGAAAUAUGCCAACAGCAAAGUACAUCUUCACCAGCUCGAGCAUAUACAAAUUGGUCUGUAGCUGAACGUCCAUGGCAGCGCAUACACUUGGACUUUGCAGGGCCGUUUCAUAACGCUACUUGGCUUAUAUGCAUCGACGCAUUUUCGAAAUAUCCAUUUGUAACAAAGAUGGCCAGUAUAACGGCUAAAGCAACGAUCGAUGCCUUAAAAGUAAUAUUUUCUGUCGAAGGUCUGCCUGAUACCAUAGUCACGGAUAACGGACGGCAAUUCUCAGCGGCCGAGUUCCAGGUUUUUUGUAACAGCAAUGGGAUUACGCAUCUCACCACUGCGCCUUUUCAUCCCGCAUCGAACGGCGAAGCUGAACGCUUUGUGCGCACCUUUAAAACUUGUCCCAUUGGCAGUAGCAAUAAGUCGCCGGCGGAAUUGCUACAUGGCCGCCAGCCAAAAACACGGCUUAAUAUGCUUGUACCCACUCCCACUCAAGGGUUCGACAAACGUUUACGCCAGGAACUAUGCACGGGGUCCACCGUGGAUUCCUGGUGUAAUUCAAAGCAAAGUUGGCAGUAUGAUGUAUCGCAUCCUUCGCAAGUUUACGUUUGCAAACUACAGACCACUUCGCUUAUAUUACGAUUUCCGCUAUCACGUGUUCUUACUUAA